GCCUCUGCAGAGCUGCAGGUCAAUAAUCUCUGGUGAUAAUGAAUGAAUGAAUGUUUUAAAAUCUCAUUUAAAAGGUCCUGCAACGAAUAAAAGCUUUUAAAGGUUUUUGUUCUGUUUGCAUCUGGGAAAUUUCACUGCUUUUCUGCAUGAACCAUGGAUCAGUUUCGUGGAUUAUUUAGUAAACUGGACCAAAAUGAGGAUGGAUUCGUUUCUGUGGCGGAGCUGCAAGACGAAAUGAGGAAGCAUGGGAUUAUUUCAGCGGAUGGGAAGGUCCAGAGUAUCGUCGAGUCUUAUGACAGAGACAAAGAUGGCCUGCUGGAUUAUCAAGAGUUCCUCAGCUACAUGAUGGACAGAGAGAGGAAGUGGAAAAUUCACUUUCAUGACCUUGAUAAGAAUAAUUGUGGAGUCAUUGACCAGGAGGACAUCAUAUGUUUGUUUAAGGAGUUAGGAGUGGUCAUUUCAAAGCCGAAUGCAAAAAAAAUUAUACAAAUGAUGGAUAAGGACAACUCGAUGACGGUGGAUUGGGAUGAAUUCCUGCACCACAUCAUCCUGAACCCUGUGGAUAACAUCGGGGAGCUAGUGUCCUCAUGGAAACACAGUUUGGUGUUUGAUGUCGGGGAGAGCCGUGGGAUCCCCAUUGAGUUCCCCGAAGAAGCGUCUGGCUUCAGUGCUUGGAGGACAUUUGUUAUGUCAGCAGGACUGGCGGAUGCUGUGUCCCGGACCAUGACGGCACCCAUAGACCGCCUUAAAACACAACUUCAGGUGUAUGGAUCCAAGGCCUUCUCCCAAGGUUUUCAGGAGAUGAGAGGAGGUGGUUUGCGGUCAAUGUGGCAAGGCAACGCUGUCAACGUGCUGAAAGGAACGCCACAGUCGACACUUCAGUGUCUUAUCUACGCCCAGAUGAAGGUCUACACCCAAAACAGGACCCAGCAGACUCUGACGGUGCAGCAGCGUUUCGGGUUGGGCUGCAUCUCUGGAGCUGUGGCUCACGCUGUCUUCUACCCCUUAGAGGUGCUGAAGGUGAGGCUGAACCUGCAGCAGGCUGGCACUUACCAUGGCGUUGCAGUGUGUGCCCGAUCCAUUUAUAGAAACGAGUCUUUGUCUUCCUUUUACAGAGGAUUCAAGCCCAGCAUCCUCUGUAUGAUCCCCUAUGCAGGUGUGGAGUGUGCUGUUCAUCAGUCAAUCAUGAGCUGGGCAAAAAGCGAUCCCGCCUUCAACAGUGACUCCAAACUGUUUUUCUUCAGCUUUGUGGCGUUUGCUUCUGGACAAAUCACCAGUUACCCGCUGGCUGUGAUCCGAACUCAGCAGCAAGCGCAGGCCUUCAGAUCAGAUUCACGGCCAGCCUCGGGUGUAUUACCGGGACUGACUGGGAUAUAUGAAAGAUAUGGAAUUAGAGGAUAUUAUAAUGGAAUGGCAGCCAGCUUCGUCAGGGCGAUACCGUGCGCCUUAAUGAACUACACUCUGACUAGAAAAUUUGAAAAUGUUUUUUCCUCCUUGGAGUCUUGAGGAAAUUAGAAAAAAAAUCAAAAGCUUUGAGUUUUAUUCUUGUUAAUUAUACAAACAUACGUCUGAAAAAAAUGCCUGAGAUGUGAAAUGAGGUCAAUCACGAAGUUAUGGUUAACUCUGCAGGAUUUGCUUUGUUAUAUUUUCUGUUGACCACGAGCAUGGAACCAUGAUCUGACUGACUUUAAAUAUGUAAUAACCAAGAGUAACAGCGGGCUACUCGACAUGCUCUUUGCAAAUAAGAAAAUAUGUUGCUGUGUGGACUGUAUAAUAAAAUGAUACUUCAUAGCACAAA